AUGUCGACCGCACAGCCACGCACGCUGUACCAAAAGAUCUUUGACUCGCACCUGAUCCGCGAGGAGAAGGACGGGACAUGUCUGAUCUACAUCGAUCGGCACCUCGUCCACGAGGUCACCUCGCCGCAGGCUUUUGAAGGCUUAUCGAUCGCCAACCGCAAGGUGCGCCGCACCGACUGCACACUCGCCACUGUUGACCAUAAUGUGCCGACGGUGAGCCGGAAGAACUACCGGAGCACCAAGACGUUCAUCGAGGAACCCAGCUCGCGCACACAGGUGCUGACGCUUGAGGAGAACACCAAGCGCUUUGGCGUUACUCUCUACGGCAUGACAGACGACCGGCAAGGGAUCGUGCACAUCAUUGGCCCCGAGCAGGGCUUCACUCUGCCCGGAGCGACGAUCGUCUGCGGCGACUCGCACACGUCGACGCACGGCGCGUUCGGCGCGCUCGCAUUCGGCAUCGGCACCAGUGAAGUCGAGCACGUGCUCGCGACGCAGACUCUGCUACAGAAGCGCGCACGCAACAUGCGCGUCCAGGUCGACGGCGAGCUCGCGCCAGGCGUGAAUAGCAAGGACAUCAUCCUCCACGUCAUCGGCCAGAUUGGCACUGCCGGCGGCACAGGCAGCGUCAUCGAGUUCUGCGGCACGGCCAUCGAGAAGCUGAGCAUGGAGGCACGCAUGAGCAUCUGCAACAUGUCCAUCGAGGCUGGCGCCCGCGCAGGUCUCAUCGCACCGGACCAGACGACGUUCGACUACAUCCAGGGCCGCCCACUGGCGCCCAAGGGCAAGCAGUGGGACGACGCUGUCGCAUACUGGAAGAGCCUCCCCACGGACGCUGGUGCUGUGUACGACGUCGUCGUCAAGAUCGAUGCCAAGGACAUCCCGCCGACGGUCACUUGGGGCAAUUCGCCGCAGGACACGGUCGCCAUCACCGGCUGCGUGCCUGACCCUAAGAACGCCAAAGACGAGGCACAGGCGCGCGCAUGGAGCCGCGCGCUCGAGUACAUGGCGCUCGAGCCAGGCACACCCAUGGAGAAGAUCAAGGUCGAUAAGGUCUUCAUUGGCUCCUGCACCAACGGGCGCAUCGAGGACCUGCGCGAGGCGGCGCGCGUCCUGCGCGGCAGGAAGAUCGCCCCGCACAUGUACGCCAUGCUUGUCCCCGGCUCGGGCCUCGUCAAGAAGCAGGCGGAGGCCGAAGGGCUUGACAAGAUCUUCACCGCCGCCGGCUUUGACUGGCGCGAGGCCGGUUGCUCGAUGUGCCUUGGCAUGAACCCAGACCAGCUCACACCCGGCGAGCGCUGCGCCUCGACAUCCAACCGCAACUUUGAGGGCCGCCAGGGCCCCGGCGGCCGCACACACCUAAUGAGCCCCGCCAUGGCCGCCGCGUGCGCAGUCACCGGCUAUCUGACUGACGUGCGCAAGCUCGUCGGCGCGGACCACACCAAGGUGGGCGCGGACGCCUCGGCGCCUGAGCUGCAGAUCAGCGACUCGAAAGCUUAUCUCGGCGCGCCGCCCGUCCCGCCGCCUGCACCGGAGACCACUGUCUCCGCUGCUGCUCCACAGAAGCUGACGGAUGGGGACAAGAUUGGCGACGUGCCCGCGUCGAAGAUGGCCGCCGCUGGCAGCGGCCUGGAGAAGUUCACCGUCGUACGCGGCUACGCGGCGCCGAUCGAGCGCUCGAAUGUCGAUACGGACCUGAUCAUUCCCGCCGUGUUCCUCAAGACGAUCCAGCGCUCCGGGCUCGGCAGCGCGCUGAUGCACUCGAUCCGGUACGACAAACAGACCGGCGUGCCGCUGCCAGAUUUCGUGCUGAACAAGCAGCCCUGGAACGAGGCCAAGUUCAUCGUCGCAGGCGAGAACUGGGGUUGUGGCAGCAGCCGCGAGCACGCCGCGUGGGCGCUGCUCGACUUUGGCGUCCGCGCUGUCAUCGCGCCGAGCAUCGCCGACAUCCACGCCACGAACCUGGGCAAGAACGGGCUUGUCGCCGUCAUCCUCGCGCCCGAUCAGGUGCAGCGCGUCAUGCAGGACGCCAAGGAUGCCAAACAGAUCACCGUUGAUCUCGAGAAGCAGCACGUCCUCCUCGAUGAUGGGACCGCGUUCGCGUUCAAGAUCUCUGACUUUACUAGGCACUGCUUGCUCAAUGGUCUCGACGAUAUCAGCCUAACGCUGCAGCACGAGAAGGACAUCCAAGUAUUUGAAGCGAUGCGCUCAAAGGAGACGCCAUGGCUUGACGGCUUUGGGUAUGCGGGUAGCGUCGCCUCUUCGGCAGCCAGUGUCGCGCAGCAGUUGGCAGACAAAGCGAAAGAGGCCGUCAACAAGGUCACUGGCACCGAUUGGUGA